AACACGGGACUGAACACACAGGGCACUGCUCGUCUUUGCUCUACAGAGAUUGCUGUGGUUUUAGAAUUCUCUGCCCUGCCUCAGAAUAGAACAUCAGCCUCUAGGAAAGAACAGCAAAUCGGAACAUUUUAUAGCAAAAAUCUGAAGAACGACCUGUUUAUAGUAGCAUCUGGACUGCAACCUAUGGUUUUAGAAAACAGUAGGUGGAAGGAUGGCACGGAAAUGGAAGUAUUCCCCCAAGGAACAGCUGGAGGAUAUGAGCAGCCUGCACCCGGGGCUCACAGGGCUGCAGAACCUGGAGAACACGUGCUACAUGAACGCAGUGCUGCAGUGCCUCUGCAGCCUGACCCCGCUCGUGCAGUAUUUCCUCUCAGGAAAGUGGAACACAGCCCUGCACGAAUUGGAGAGUCUGCGACUGCCUUUGGCUGUUUGAUGUCUGACAUGUGGCUUGGAGAGUUUGACUAUGUUUCCCCUGAGGCUUUUCAUUCUGUCUUCGGGAAGCGGUACCCAGCUUUUAGCAGGAGGACUCAGCAUGAUGCACAGGAGUUCCUCAUCUGUGUGCUGGAUGACCUCCACGAGGCUUUCAAGGAGCCAAGCCAAGAAAGACAGAGCCCUGCUGUGGGAGCAAGCACAAGGAGUAGCAGUGGCACAUCUAUUAUAACACACUUAUUUGAGGGACAGCUCAGUUAUGGUAUCAGGUGUCUGACAUGCAAAGCCCUCAGUGACAGACCCGAGAACUUCACCGUCCUCUCCCUGCCCAUCCCUUCCACCAGAGUGUGCUCUCUGCAGGACUGCCUGGAAUGCUUUUUUCAGCCAGACACACUGACUCGGAACAACCAAAUCCAUUGCUACUGGUGCGGAAGCAACCAAGAUGCAACAGUAAAGGCCUCCAUAACCAAGGCACCACAGAUCAUAAUUUUUCAUCUAAAGAGGUUUGCCUGGCAGGACAAGCACAGAAUAAAACUCUCAACCACUGUCUGCUAUCCAUUCAGCAAUCUGGAUCUCUCUCCUUACAUCUCCACAUCGUGUCCCAACAGUACAGAGUACAGCUUAUGUGCUGUAGUGAACCACGCUGGAGAUCUGGAUUAUGGCCACUACACGGCCUUCUGCAAGCACUCAGUCACCAAACACUGGUACAGCUUUGAUGAUGCCCAGGUCACCAAGAUCCCAGACUCUGCAGUGCAGGCUGACACAGCUUACCUCCUCUUUUACAUCUCCCAAGGCUACUGA